CCUCUUAUUAUUAAACCAUCCAAAUUGUUAAAGACUCGACUGGGAUAUUAAAAAGAAAACCUUAUAUGCACACACACACACACUCUCUCUCACACACUUGAAAGAAACAAAACAAAUCUCUCUCCCUCUCCCUCUUCACAUGACUCGUCUUUUUAGGUUCCUUGGCGCCGUGAACUCGUCGGCGCUGACCACCGCAAAGACAGCGGAUUCGACCACCGAACAACAGCCGGCAACGUUAGACUCAGACUUCGUUGUGAUACUUGCGGCUCUCCUCUGCGCUCUAAUCUGUGUUUUAGGGCUUAUAGCUGUAGCUCGCUGUGCCUGGCUUCGCCGGCUUUCUUCCAUGGCAAACUCCCGAGGCGGCGCUCCGGCACAACCUCCGGUUCCUUCAGCUGCAAACAAAGGUUUAAAAAAGAAGAUCCUCAGGUCACUUCCUAAACAGACUUUCUCCGCCGAUUCUACACCUAAGUUCUACGAUUGCGCCAUUUGUUUGGCGGAAUUCGCCCCGGGAGAUGAAAUUCGUGUGUUGCCUCAGUGCGGACAUGGAUUCCACGUGAGCUGUAUUGACACGUGGCUAGGGUCUCACUCGUCAUGUCCAUCUUGCCGUCAGAUUUUAGUAGUUGCUAGAUGUCAGAAGUGUGGAGGUCUGCCGGCGAGUGCUAGCGGCGGAGGUGAAAGUGAAGCUAGAAUGAAAGAGCGUGAAGACAAUUCGAAUAGGUGCUGAGAGUUGAUGUGGUGUUGUGUUGUAUGAGAGCGUAGUUUUUUAAACUUUGCGGAGAGAGGAGAAUGGUGAAAUUUGAGGGAAUCCAAAAAUUUGAGUGCUGGGGGCAAUUUCUCUGCUUUUGGAUUGGAGUGAUUGAGAUACUUUUUGUCUCUUUAGAUUUGGUGACCGUUCCUCCUCAAAUCUCAACUAUAUAUAUAUAUAUAUAACAAAACAUAUCCCCUUCUUCUUCUUCUUCUUCAUUUGUUGUAUAUUACUCAAGUUAUUUUCUGAAUUUAGUGCGCAUACAAUGAAUUGAGCUGGUUAUUCUCUGAA